CUCAUGGCGCCGUUCCAUAGGAUACGGGUGAUGGGGGCUGGAUCCCGUAGGCAGACUGAAGCAGUCUGCGCCCUCCUUCAAAGGUCUCUGGCCCUGCCUCUACCGCGAGAGCACACCCAAGAACCCUCAGAGGCGAACCGGGAGGUCUCACCAUUCCUAGGCUGCCAGUUCCAACAAUUUCUCUGCGGCGACAGCAGCAGCCGCAGGGCCAAACUCGGCUUCCGUGAGAUACGUCUACUUCCGGGUUACGAACGAGGGACUGUGCAACCUUUUCCGGUUCGUCCUGGAAACAUGCCCCCUCCAGGCAUCCCCCCACCCUUUCCUCCGAUGGGGCUCCCACCCAUGAGUCAGAGACCACCAGCCAUCCCCCCCAUGCCACCUGGCAUCUUGCCCCCAAUGCUUCCACCAAUGGGGGCACCACCACCACUCACACAGAUACCAGGAAUGGUCCCUCCGAUGAUGCCAGGAAUGCUGAUGCCAGCAGUGCCUGUUACUGCAGCGACGGCUCCGGGUGCGGACACCGCCAGCUCUGCUGUGGCUGGGACAGGCCCUCGGAGGGCUCUGUGGAGUGAGCAUGUGGCCCCUGAUGGGCGCAUCUACUACUACAAUGCUGACGACAAGCAGUCCGUGUGGGAGAAGCCCAGCGUGCUCAAGUCCAAGGCGGAGCUGCUGCUGUCCCAGUGUCCCUGGAAAGAAUACAAGUCAGACACAGGCAAACCUUACUACUAUAAUAACCAGAGUCAGGAAUCCUGCUGGACCCGGCCCAAGGACCUGGAUGAUCUAGAGGCUCUAGUCAAACAAGAGGCUGCAGGAAAAAUGCAACAGCCGCAGACACUACAGCCACAGCCACCUCAGCCUCAGCCUGACCCCCCACCUGUACCUCCUGGUCCUACCCCAAUGCCCACCGGCCUCAUGGAACCUGAGCCAGGUGGGAGUGAAGAUUGUGAUGUAUCGGGGGCUGCCCAGCCCCAGGAGCAAGGGUUUCUGCAGCAGCUGGAGGAGGGCCCCAGCAGUUCUGCUGGACAACAUCAGCUAACACAGCAAGAAGAGGAGGAAUCCAAGCCAGAACCAGAGAGGUCUGGUCUCAGUUGGAGCAACCGAGAGAAGGCAAAGCAGGCAUUCAAGGAACUGCUGAGGGAUAAGGCUGUCCCCUCCAAUGCCUCAUGGGAACAGGCCAUGAAGAUGGUGGUCACAGAUCCCCGUUACAGUGCCUUGCCCAAACUGAGUGAGAAAAAGCAGGCAUUCAAUGCCUACAAGGCGCAGCGGGAGAAGGAGGAGAAGGAGGAGGCCCGACUAAGGGCCAAGGAGGCCAAGCAGACCCUGCAGCAUUUCCUGGAGCAGCAUGAGCGCAUGACCUCCACCACCCGCUACCGGCGGGCAGAACAGACCUUUGGGGAACUGGAGGUCUGGGCUGUGGUCCCUGAGAGGGAUCGAAAAGAGGUUUAUGAUGAUGUCCUCUUCUUCCUGGCCAAGAAGGAGAAGGAACAGGCCAAGCAGCUCCGGCGCCGCAACAUCCAGGCCCUGAAGAGUAUCCUGGAUGGGAUGAGUAGUGUCAACUUCCAGACCACAUGGUCCCAGGCACAACAAUACCUCAUGGAUAACCCCAGUUUUGCUCAGGACCAUCAGCUGCAAAACAUGGACAAGGAAGAUGCACUGAUCUGCUUUGAGGAGCACAUCCGAGCUUUGGAGAGGGAGGAGGAGGAAGAGCGGGAACGGGCCCGACUUCGGGAGCGGCGCCAGCAGCGCAAGAACCGGGAGGCCUUCCAGACCUUCCUGGACGAGCUGCACGAGACAGGGCAGCUGCACUCCAUGUCCACCUGGAUGGAGCUGUACCCAGCAGUCAGCACUGAUGUCCGCUUUGCCAACAUGCUGGGCCAGCCGGGCUCCACCCCUCUGGACUUGUUCAAGUUCUAUGUGGAAGAGUUGAAGGCACGAUUUCACGAUGAGAAGAAGAUCAUUAAGGACAUUCUUAAGCCUUGGACCUCCGGCCUGUGGUGCCCUCUGCUUCAUGUGCUGCUGUGCCUACAGGACCGGGGCUUCUGCGUGGAGGUGAACACAGCCUUUGAAGACUUCGCCCACGUCAUAAGCUUUGACAAGAGGGCUGCUGCGCUGGACGCAGGCAACAUCAAGCUGACCUUCAAUAGUCUGCUGGAGAAGGCAGAGGCACGGGAGAGGGAGCGGGAAAAGGAGGAGGCACGAAGGAUGCGGCGCAGGGAAGCUGCCUUUCGAAGCAUGCUGAGGCAGGCCGUGCCUGCUCUGGAGCUGGGCACUGCGUGGGAAGAGGUCCGUGAGCGCUUUGUGUGCGACUCAGCCUUUGAGCAGAUCACCCUGGAGUCGGAACGGAUCCGGCUCUUCCGGGAGUACCUGCAGGUGCUGGAGCAGACAGAAUGCCAGCACCUCCACACCAAAGGCCGAAAGCAUGGCAGAAAGGGCAAGAAACACCAUCGCAAGCGUUCCCACUCACCCUCAGUGAGUUGGCAGGUGGAGGGAUUUGGGGGCUCCGAGUCAGAAGAGGAGGAGCUGCCCCCACCAUCCCUCCGGCCCCCCAAGCGGAGGAGGCGAAACCCCUCAGAGUCUGGUUCUGAUCCCUCAUCCUCACUUGAUUCAGUUGAAAGUGGGGGUGUUGCCCUUGGAGGACGGGGCUCCCCAUCCUCCCACCUUCUUCUUGGAUCAGAUCAUGGCCUUCGGAAAACCAAGAAACCAAAAAAGAAAACUAAGAAGAGAAGACACAAGUCGGUGAGUAGAGAAGGAACUCUGCCUAAGACUGCUAUUUUGUGGGAUCUAUUCCACCUAUCUCCUAGCUGUCCACAGGAGCUGAGGAGUUGGGCUCUGGACUUUUACAGAACAGCCCUGAGAGUGAGACAGACCCUGAGGAGAAAGCUGGCAAAGAAAGUGAAGAGAAAGAACAAGAACAGGACAAGGAUAGGGAGCUUCGACAGGCAGAGCUCCCUAAUCGCUCCCCAGGCUUUGGAAUCAAGAAGGAGAAGAUCCAGGUCCUGGCAAGAGUAGAUGAGAAGGGAAAAUACUGCAGCCUCAUACUACGCAACGAUCUGCUGGCAGUACGCCCAGCAUGAGCCCAGCUCUGGCUUAUGAAGCUGACCCUGGUCCCUGCCUGAAGACAGAAGUCCAGGAGGUCUGGCUAAAAGAGCAACCUGGUCUUCAGCCCUACCCUUCUGGGCCCCCGACCCUGUCACCUCCAAGAUCUUCUCAUCAUCCAGUUCACUGAAGACAGUGCCACUGAUCUGAUUGGGUUUCAGUGCUGUCCAGUUGAAGACCGGCAGCCGGAACUUGGUCUUGAUAGGUUUCUUAAUGCGAAUGGCUAGUUUGGAAGGAAGAUCAUUGAGGAUGGAGCCAAGGACAUAUUCCCCUGAUUCCACCAGCCCUGUCCAAGGCCCUGGAGACACUCACCUGACAGGCCCACUGUCAAUACCACAGAGGGAGCAGCUCCAGGGAGAGGUGGGGCUGGGGGACACUUGCCUAGGGGAAAAAGAAAUGGCACAGUGACCCAGGGAUCAUGAGACUUCCCAGGUUAUCCUCUCCUCUGCCCACCUGACUUGUCCUUACAGACUCAGGGGAGGAGGCUGUGUGAGUUCUGCUCAAGGCGCUCCCCGGAAUCCUGAUGGGUGGUUCAAGCCCCAGUUUCUCCUGCCAUAGUUCAGCCUCUCCUUGGCUGCUUAGAAGCAGCAUCUUGAUGAUUCUCUACCCCAAGACAUCCCUGCACCUUAGUAACCCAAGCUUCCUUAGGUUGUGGCUCUCCCUCAGCCCUCUCUCACCCUGACUUGAUAGCCUUCCAUUCCUCAAAUGAUGCCAUUUCCUGACUGCAAAGAAGACACUGCUGACUAGGGUUUUGGUCCAUAAUGCGACUGCCCCUCUGGGCCCAGAGAUCCUGGUUACUUACCUGGUAAAGGGGGAGGAGGGGGGGGUAAAGGGGGAGCUGGUGGUGGAGGCAGAGGAAGGGCCUCCUCCGCAGGUGGGACUGGAGCCAGCAGGUCCAGGUCUGAGGGUGGUAUGCCCUCGCUCAGCUCUGUAGGGCCUGCUCUAGUUGGGGCCUCAACACCCAUAGACUCCAGGCCACGAGCACUUGGCUCCAGGUGGCAUCGGCGCUGGAAGGCCUCUUCCUUCUCCUUAAUGAGCCUCCGCAGGGUGUGCACCUGGUGGCUUGUAUUCUCAUAUGUCUCCUAUUGGGCAGAGAGUGUCAUUGAGGGAAGGAUGGGCUAAAGCCAUUACUCCUGGGAAUGAGACUUCCUACCCAAAGGACACUCAAGGGUCUCUGUGAGUGUGCUUUAGAUGGCAGAAUUAUAGAUGGGGGAGUAAGGAAAGCUGGAGUGCAGCAGAAGAAAGGAGGUUAGUAGAAGGGCUAGCCUCUCUUUGCUGGCACCAUGAAAUGUUAUCCCUUCUGCUCCAGGCUGUUCUCACUGCACCAAUCUUUCAGAACCCAGGAAAAAGGAAGUGGCUGUGAAACUCCUUGGCUAUUGCCAGUCUGAUGCAACUGCUUUCUCCAUAGUCCUUGGGCUUCUUUAUUGCUUUUGUUUAUCUUUUGGCCUUAUUUAUUGCUCAUUUGGAAGCCCCAUGGACAGGCUUUGUCUUAGCCAUCUCUGUAUCCUCCAUAGUUCCUAAUUUAGUAUUUAAUAGAGGCUCAGCUCAUGAUCAUAUUUCUCAGGAAGAAAAGGUAGAUUGGGGCAUGACACUAUUAUUACUAUUAUUAUUAUUAUUAUUAUUAUUAUUAUUAUUUUGGUACCAGGAAUUGAAUCCAGACAUGCUUAACAUCUGAGCCACAG